UCCUGUUUACCAAUUGAAGGAUUGUGGAUUGCAACAUCGCUGCGUUUUCCCAUCCACACUAGUACAUGCCCACUUUACUCCCCGCACACUCGUUUCAUUAAUCAGUUGCGUGGCCUAGUCUAUGCCGCGUGUUGUCGUGGGAGGAUAUUUGACACGAAGAGUCAUGAGGACUUGACAUUGAGAAGACAACCGCAGGCCGUGGAGGAUCCCCGGUGUUUCCUGACUGCAGCUGACCGGCGAGCGGUCACUCCGUGUGGGCUGUCCGCUGCCGCGUCAGUGCCCAGCUGAAAGUGAAAUACUUGUGUUUAACGACUGGAGUGAUUUAAAUGAGCCUAAACAAACUAGCCGCGACUCGCUAGCAGUUCUCGGGGUCUCCGUGGCGCAGGCGGCUGGCCCCUGCGGGCUGGAGUGCUACUGUUCCAGACAGGGGAACACCGCCGGUGCCCUGAAUUCAGGAAGACCCUUCGGCCCCCUCAAGAGGGCAGCCAGGAAGGGAUGGCCUGGUCGGUCUUCCCGCCCCAGCGGACAAGGUGCUGCGGUGUUUGAAGGAGGUCGAGUCCGGUUAGAGUCCACCGCCACCGCGGUUCGAGGCACCAUGAUGGCCGCCUCUCCCUCCGCGGUCCGCGGCUUGACGGACGCUGGGCUGUCGGCCAGGAAGAGCGAGGACAUCGCGGAUUUGAUAGACGUCUUUUCCAAGGCCCAGUACAGAGCGAAGGAAGUCACUCCUCGGAUGGAGGCCAUAGAAAAGCGUUGUUUGGAGUUGUUUGCCAAAGAUUACAAGUACAGUGUCAUCCACAACACAAACGGAGAAGUUUGUGGUCAUUACCCGCGGCAGAUCGUCUUCCUGGAGUACGAAUGCACCGAGCUGGACCGUGACAGGUUUGAGAGUGCAGUGCAGAUCAGUAAACUGCAAGAUUUGGUGAAUCGCAGUAAGCUGGCUCGCUGCAGGGGAAGGUUCGUCUGUCCGGUCAUUCUCUACAAUGGCAAGCAUAUUUGUCGUUCAUCUACUCUGGCAGGCUGGGGGGAGCUCUAUGGACGCACAGGAUAUAACUACAUAUUCUCUGGAGGUAGUGAUGAUACAUGGGCGGAGUCAGAGGAGGUUCCUCAGGAUGAGAGCGCCGUCAGGAACGGGGACUCCCAGCUCUUUGACAAGGUCAGAGGUCACGACAUCAAGCUGCUGCGCUACCUGUCAGUUGGCUAUAUCUGCGACCUCAUGGUGGAGAAUAAGAAGGUUAAGUUUGGCCUAAAUGUGACGUCUUCCGAGAAGGCAGACAAAGCCCAACGCUAUGCAGACUUCACUUUGCUCUCUGUGCCUUACCCAGGAUGUGAGUUUUUUAAGGACUACAAGGACAGGGACUACACGGCUGAGGGCCUGGUGUUCAACUGGAACCAGGACUUUGUGGACGCUCCUUUGACAAUCCCGCCAUGCUUCACUAAGAACCUAAACAUCGACUGGGCUCAGUACCAGUCAUGGGAUCUGGUGGAGCAGACACAAAACUACCUGAAGCUGCUGCUGCAUAUCAUCAACAGUGAUGAUGACAAUGGUCUUCUUGUGCACUGCAUAUCAGGCUGGGAUCGAACUCCUCUCUUUGUUUCUCUUCUCAGGCUGUCUCUUUGGGCAGAUGGUGCUGUGCACGCCAGUCUGGAGCCGGCCCAGAUCCUCUAUUUGACCAUUGCUUACGACUGGUUUCUCUUUGGUCACAUGCUGCCAGACCGACUCUCCAAGGGGGAGGAGAUUUUCUUUUUCUGCUUCAAUUUUUUGAAGCACAUUGUCUCAGAGAAAUUCUCUGCUGUUCGAAAACAGAGAAGGAAGAACUCCCACUUGAAGGAGAGCGACUUCACCCUAGAGGACCUCUGCCAAUUAAAGUCUAGGGAUCAUGGUAGUGUGACCAGUCUGAGCAGUGAGUUUUCCCUAAUCACUGAGGAGGCAGGUGUAGCUUCCAGCUUCACCAGCGACACUGUGGACCUCUUCACCAGCCAGCCUCCACUGUCCACUUGGAAAAAAGGCACCACUUCCUCUCCUCAAAUGGUCGUGUGGGCCAAACCGAACCCUCUAGAUGAACCGCUCCCAAACCCCCUCAGUGAGGCCAGGUCUUCCAGCAGUUCCUCCUCCAACCAUUCGGAACAUGCCGUCACACGCACUGGCAGCAGCCCGUUGGCUGUCCCUGGCCGAAGGUUAGCAGCCGACUACGCUCGCUCUGGGUCUUCCCUGUCGACAGAGUACGGCAGUUGGCAGAUAGUAUCAGGUUGCGGCAGCAUCCAUGAUCAUCUUCCCUUGCCGCCGCCUCUGGCCUGCGCAUCCUCCACCUCGUCUGCCGUGGCUGCUCCCUAUGACUCCCCCCUGCCUUUCAGCUUCCAGGAGGAGGGUCCCAAUGGGCGCAUGCGUUGCUUGCCCUCCGAGCGUCAGGCCCGUCUAGAAGCGGUACGGGAAACCUUCCUGGCAGCCUACAGCUCCACGGUAGGUUUGAAGUCCGUGGUGUCCAGCCCCUCCGCCGCAAUCUCAGGCCUCCUCGAGCAGUUCGCCCGUGGCGUCGGCCUUCGAAGUACCAACGCCAUCGUCUGACCGCCUUUUCUCGGAAUCGACUGUGGACGACAGUAAAGUGCCAAACAUCCCUCAUACAGGAAGUUCUUCUCCUCUUAAAAUCACCCUUUUCUUAUGUCACUUUUUCAUCAGUCCAUCAACAAGUUGAACCUGGUCCAGACCCUCUCAUGGAGUCUGGUUCCACCUGGUUCCAAUCACCUUUAUGUUUACCCCAUUGGAUGGUGGCUCUAUGGGGGCGGGCCUUUUUUUCUUUAGGCACCUAACUAUUCAAUCCCAUUUCUGGGGUGACGAUUGUAUUCAGAUUCAUUCUCGAUUCAAAUCGAGUCUCGCAAUGUAUUAUUUGGUUGAAUAUACAGGUAAAAGCCAGUAAAUUAGAAUAUUUUGAAAAACUUGAUUUAUUUCAGUAAUUGCAUUCAA